AUGAACACUACUGAACUGGUCAAGGUGUGCAAUGCCCGAACACAGUUUUAUCAGUGCCUGGGAACCUCCUACUAUGCUUGCAUGAAUCUGUUCAAUAUUCUGGAUACUAGCGACCCUGACUUCACAAAUGCAUUCGACUACACUCGUACCUUCAUGGGCUUGGAGUUCAUGUGUAAUGCUGGAUUUGAAGAAGUUGUUAGCCAAUGGCCUUGCCUUUAUGGAAUACAAACAACUCGUGCAUAUCAAGAUUGCAUGAACAAAUUCACUUACAAUGUGGCUCCUUCCAACUUCUGCAGUAUGGUUGAUGAAACUGGAAAAUGUCUCAACGAUGCAUAUCUUAACGCCUGUGCAGACAAUGGAGCUGGCUGGUAUGGCUGUGAGAACUUCCGUUUCACUUUCGAUCAGACUUGCUGGGGACUGCGUUGCAACGUUGCCCAGAACUGA